GAGUAUUUUUUUCCUUUUGUUAUACUCAGUUAAUUUUGCAAUUACCGACUAGCACAUUGAGUUAGUAAAGCGAUUUUGAGGUUUAAAGGAAAAGUAGCUUCAGAAGCCACGUUAGUGAACCGAGAUACUAACGUUACCACCAGCAGCAGCAUCAGCUCGAUGGCAGCCAUCAGGAAGAAGUUGGUGAUAGUUGGGGAUGGUGCAUGUGGGAAGACCUGUCUGCUCAUCGUCUUCAGUAAGGACCAGUUCCCAGAGGUCUACGUCCCCACUGUGUUUGAGAACUACAUCGCUGACAUUGAAGUGGAUGGCAAACAGGUGGAGUUAGCGUUGUGGGAUACAGCAGGCCAGGAAGACUAUGACAGACUGAGGCCUCUCUCCUACCCUGACACAGAUGUUAUCCUCAUGUGCUUCUCCAUAGAUAGCCCCGACAGUUUAGAGAAUAUUCCCGAGAAAUGGACGCCUGAAGUGAAACACUUCUGUCCCAACGUCCCGAUCAUUCUCGUGGGUAACAAGAAGGACCUGAGGAAUGAUGAACACACACGAAGGGAGCUGGCCAAGAUGAAACAGGAGCCUGUCAAAUCUGAGGAGGGUAGAGACAUGGCCAACCGCAUCAGUGCCUUUGGCUACUUGGAGUGCUCCGCCAAGACCAAGGACGGUGUGCGGGAGGUGUUUGAGAUGGCCACCAGAGCAGCGCUACAGGUCCGCAAGCGCAAGAAGAGGGGAGGCUGCCAGCUACUGUGAGGGGACGGAGAUUGUUGGCCAAUCAGCACCUGAGGGAGGACUCCCCCCUUACGCACAGAGCAAACUUAGAGAAACCUUAAAUCAAUGGCUUCCGUGGACUAUACUUACUUCACAGAUGCAGAUAUGCCACAGGAGAAUAUAAAAGACUGACACACCUGUUUUAAAAGCAAAACAAAUCAGCUUUUUUUUUUAAAACUCUAUUUCCUCUACUACUCACUUUGUUUCUGUUUGCUGUUUUCCUCCACUAGCUAGUAACUAGUUUGUGUGAAGGACCUGUCCCUUCCUCCUAUAUGAAUGUAUGUUUGUAUUUAUAUGUGCAUAUACUUUACAAAUAUAUCAUGUCUGUGUUAUGAUUGUUUACAGAGAAGGGUCUUGUAGGUCACAUGUCCAGUGAAUGGAAAGAUAGUUUUUAAGAUUUGCUUUAAUAGUAUGGCACCCCUGCUUCUCUUCAACCUGCAUGCACCACUCAGUGUCCUUUUAAAAAUCAGCCUCAGUCAGGAAUCCACGUCGCACCACUAUUAUUGGUAAUUUAACACCCUCAACGUCCUAUUUGAGCACGUGCGAGUCAGCAGAGCUCCUUUUUUCCCCAGCUUUCUAUUCUGACAAAGGACUAAAUUAAGAGCCUGUUUACUCUGCAUUAAUCCACUGAAACCUAGAUAAAUUGGAGCUGCGACGACUAUUUUAUGGAGAGAUUUUGGACUGCACCUUGCCCCGUCUCUUUUCUAUGGCGAUAGCUUAAGCCGGCACUGGAGACAGCGGUCUAUUGUCAUGGACGCAAUACUCUAAGUCACGCUAACACUGACUCCGACAGACUUGUCACUACCACUGUCUAUCACCAAUGUCUUGCCAAAACAUCCUCCUGUCUGAACUCUGUACUGUUGAUUCAGCUCCAGUAUACAGUCAUUAUGCAUUGCUGUGUACUGAAUCUACAGGUUUCUGGAUGCACACUGUAUACAGUAUACAGUGUUAAUCAGAUUAUAGGCCUAUUCCGUCCAUAAAAGUUUUAAUACAUUUCCAACUGCCUGCUUUAUUGACAGUUCAAAGGUUGUCAUUACCAAUGUGCUAUCUCCUCAGUUUGGCUCAGUAGCUCUCUUUGAAAGCUACUCUAUUUGAAAUUGGGGCUUUGUUGUUGUGUAAGGCCUUUAUUUGACACUACACACAAGGGACAUUCCUUGAAAUGUGAUUGGAACGUUGGAUAUCAGAGAGCGUAGCAAGUGCCCAGUCGACAUUUUUCUCCUGAGUAGCCAUUAAAGAUCAUUGAAGUGGGGCCAACUAAUAAACUGUGGUGUGAUUGGGCCCAGAGCUGAGACUGUUUUUUUUUUUUUUGGGCCGUUGACAGGAGAGUUGAACAAGAAAUUGCAACAGAAUUGUGAUGAAAAUUGUAAGAUCCAACUUUGUCAGUGACCACAAUGAUUAUAAUGAAUCUUUCUCCAGAUGUGUAUUGUCCUCACUAAGUGACGGAAUCAUAAAACCACCUCAUCUUCUUCCAGGCAGCCCUCUAAUACAGUUAAGUGUGUGCUUCUGUAUCAUGGCUGGAGCAAAGAGAUGACGUACAUAUUGCUUAACAGAUCCUGUCAUGAAAGAGCCCUGAACACUGUAAGUACAUGUAAUGGUCCCUGCAUUGAUCUUACCACCAUCAUAAGCUACAACUGUGGUAAUCCUUUUAUCCAGUACAUUCAGAUCCAUAGAGAUCAGAAUGUUGCGGGCUUUGGCUAAUUUCUGGACAGUGCCUCUGUGUAAUGUCCAACACCAUAAUUCAAGAGAAAAUGUUGAUUGUGAUGACGCUUUACAAACAGGAGUGGAAUGUGUUGAAACAUGUUAUUAAAGUAUUUUUGAAUUACUA